CCAGAGUCCAUCUCACACCCCUACAAUCCCAACCCAAUCCCGAACCCAGCUCAACCACCAACAAUGCCAACAGCAAAACCAACCGGCUCCGAGCCAACAACCACAAAGCAAACCAACACACGCCACAGCGAAUCAGGCUGGCACCCAAACCAUACACGCACAAUAAGCGCAACAUCCUCCAGCUCUACAACAUCGCACACCUCAUCCACCACCUCCGACUCGGACAGCUCAACCCCCGAAAUCGACAUCGCAAACUAUCCAAGCGGAAAAAUGUCCCUCAGCGGAAUCUCCCUGCGCGCAAUGCUCUUAGGUACAACCCUAGGCCUAACAACCAGCCUAACCCUGCUAUUAGCAACAACAAGCACAAACCCCCUCUGGCGCGUGCCCUUCUUCAUCGCCGCCCUGAGUCUCUUUCAUUUCCUCGAGUUCUGGGUAACAGCACGAUACAACACGCGCUACGCGACAGUCUCUGCCUUCCUGCUAUCAUCGAAUGGGUGGGCCUAUAAUGUCGCGCAUGGCUCUGCUGUUGUGGAAUGUUUAGUGUCGCAUACCAUCUGGCCGGGACAAUCGAGAAUUGCGCGGAUGCUUUCUGUGCCUGAGCCAUUUUUUGGUGGGGAUGUUUCGUUGUUACUGGUUGGGGGCUUUGUGUUGUUGGUGAUUGGGCAGGUUGUUAGGACGAUUGCUAUGGCGCAGGCUGGGGGAAAUUUCAAUCAUCAUGUUCAGAGUCGACGGCAGGAGGGUCAUGUACUUGUUAAAGAGGGGCUUUAUCGGGUUCUCAGGCAUCCGAGUUACUUUGGGUUCUUUUGGUGGGGGCUUGGGACGCAAUUAGUUCUUGGGAAUGUUGUUUGUUUUGUUGGGUACGCACUUGUGCUUUGGAGGUUCUUUUCCAGUCGGAUUAAGCGUGAGGAGGCUUACUUGAUUUCCUUCUUUGGUGAUGCGUAUGUCCAGUACAGGAAGGAUACCCCUGUGGGAAUCCCUGGUAUUUGA